UCCGAUUCUCUAACAGUUUCUAUUUAUAGCAAAGUUAUGAUCAAACUACUCAUAGUUGAAUCAUUUAUAACAAAAUAUAUAUCUAAGUAAUUGUUGUAAUUAUAUGCAAUUCCAUUAGCUUUGUAAAUACGUUAAUGCAAAAAUUGGCGGUGAAAUUGUGUUUUGGAAUCUUGCUUGCGUAGAUCUUGUUUGUACAAUACAAUUUUUGACCAAUCUAAAGAAAGCACGCGUAAAUACCGCCUACCCUUUCUAAGAUAAAGAAGGAGAAUGUGCCUUUUUCUAAUAGGAUGAAUCUUCAGUGUGAGCACCUCCACUCAAACUAUUCAGCACCUUUUUCCUCUGCCCUAUAGAAUUGAUUUCGUGUAACCUCCUCCACUCAAAAUCCUACGACACCAUCGCCGGUAAAAGCUACUCGUAAAAGCUAUGAAUCCAUUGCAUCUCAAUUCGAUUUUUUUUCUUUCUUUUUUGAAGAAUCCAUUGCAUCUCAACCAAAAAUUCACCGUGCCCCGAGGAACAAAGCUGUGAAAACGACAUUUUUGCCCAUGGAGCAUAGCAAAUACCAAAACCCAACCCCAACCAAAACCUAGCUUUGUCCAAAAACCCAAAGGCCCCCUCCCUUUCCCCUCCCACUCCCCGCUUUCCACCAUUUCGUCGAACACCUUCUCCGAUCGCGCGCCGCCGCCCAUGGGGGAGGCCUCCGAGUAUGACGGGGUGGAUGUGGCGGCUGUAUCGGCGAGGUUGCUGGAGCUGGUGGCCGACGACGACGUGACGGCGCUCGUUGACCUCCUCGCCGCGCACCCGCUCCUCGCGGAUGAGCCGGCGCCGUGGUACUCUCCGGCGCGGGGCGCGGAGCCCAUGACGCCGCUCAUGGUCGCCGCCGCGUACGGGUCCGUGGCUUGCCUCGACGCCCUCCUCUCGCCGCCCCACCUCGCCGACCCCAACCGCGCCUCCGCCUCCUCGCUCUCCACCCCGCUCCACCUCGCCGCCGCAGGCGGCGCUCCAUCCGCACCCACCACCGUUUCCCGCCUCCUCGCCGCCGGCGCCGACCCUACCCUCCUUGACCAUCUCCACCGCCGGCCGUCAGACCUCGUCGCGCUGCCGCCCAACUCGUUGCCCCUCAAGAACCACAUCCUCUCACUCCUUGGCGCCCGGAAGGAGUGGCCACCGGACCCCUCACUCCCGGACAUCAAGAACGGCGCAUACGCUUCCGACGACUUCCGCAUGUAUUCCUUCAAGGUCCGCGCGUGCUCCAGGGCCUACUCCCACGACUGGACGGAGUGCCCCUUCGUCCACCCAGGAGAGAACGCGCGGCGGAGGGAUCCGAGGAAGUACCACUACAGCUGCGUGCCGUGCCCGGAGUUCAAGAAGGGCGCCGGGUGCAGGAGAGGGGACAUGUGCGAGUAUGCGCACGGGGUGUUCGAGAGCUGGCUCCACCCGGCGCAGUACCGGACGCGCCUCUGCAAGGACGGCAUCGGCUGCGCGCGCCGCGUCUGCUUCUUCGCUCACACGCCAGAAGAGCUCCGGCCGCUGUACGUGUCCACAGGCUCGGCCGUGCCGUCGCCCCGCGGGGCGAUGGAGAUGGCCGCCAUGGGGAUGGGACUGUCAUCACCGGGAUCUUCGUUCACGCCGCCGCUGUCGCCGUCCGGUGGAGGGAGUGGCAUGUCGUGGCCGCAGCCUAACUUGCCGGCGCUGUGCCUCCCCGGGAGCGCAGGGAACCUGCACCUGAGCCGGCUGCGUACCUCGCUGAGCGCGAGGGCCAUGGCGGUCGACGAGCUUCUGGCCUCGGGGGACUAUGACAACCACCUUGGAUCGCCUGCCUCUGUGCGGUCGGCGAGGGGGAAGGCGCUUGUGCCGUCAAAUCUGGAUGAACUGUUCUCGGCGGAGAUGGCGGCCUCCCACUCGCCGCGGUACGGCGACCAGGGCGGCGCUGCGUUCUCGCCGACGCACAAGGCCGCCUUCCUGAACCAGUUCCAGCAGCAUCAGAGCUUGCUCUCGCCACGGGCUGCGGCCACCCCAGAGCCUGUCUCCCCAAUGAGCUCCCGGCUGCUCGCUGCGUUGGCGCAGCGGGAGAAGAUGCAGCAGCAGACACUGCGAAGCAUGAGCUCAAGAGACCUGGGUUCCAGCGCCCCGCUCCUGGUCGGCUCACCGGUGGUGGGCUCUAGCUGGUCCAAAUGGGGCCUCCCCUCGGGCACCCCAGACUGGGGUGCCGACAACGAUGAGCUUGGCCGUCUCAAGCGGUCGUCCUCGUUUGAUCUCCGGUCUGGGGCCAACACCGAUGAGCCUGACCUCUCAUGGGUCAAUACCUUAGUAAAGGAGCCCACGCCGGAGAAAUCAUCAACCAACGGGACCAUGGCAACAGAGUCUAUUGGCAUCUUGGGCCGAUCAGCAAGCCACCACGAGAGCAUUGCCGGUGAUGACAGUGCCAUCUUGGGUCGAUCAGCGAACCACCGUGAGGGCAUCGACGGUGAGGAGGACGCCGCCACUGGUGUCAUCGGUGGCUGGCUCGAACAGCUUCAGCUCGAUGAGAUGGGAAUUAAACCUUUCCGGGCGGGGAAAAAGAAUCCCAGGUCGGCAGGGGCAUUGACAAAGAUUGUGCUUGGAGUUUGGACGGAUCCCUUCUCUUUCUCGUGGAGGCAUUGAAAAGGAUCGGAUGGUUAACAUCAUAGUACACAUCGACCACUGCGAGGUUCAUUUCUGAUGCGCUAUCGAUGAGUCCUCGUCUGCCCUGACCGAUGCAUCUUUCUUGUCAUAAUAAAACAACUGGCACGGACGGUGGCUCGGUAUGGUCGCCUCACGCCUUGGCUCACCCGCUGUGCUGACAUGUACUGUGUGACCUGGAAUACAAAGUAAAAUUGGGCUGCAUUAUCCUGCCAUGCAUAAUUUUACUACGAAGGUCUUGCACUGGAGACAAGAGCUGCUGUCUCGGGCCUACCAACAUGACCUGCAAAACGUGGGUGCGCCAAUAUGAACAAUUACUGUUUUUUAAGGGGAAUAUAUUAAUAUCAAGCCGAUACCAAUUACACACAGCCUUUGCAACAACAAGAUGACUAAAAACAUUCAGGAUGCACACAACAAAAAAGAAAAUAAAAAGAUAAAAAAAAACCGUCACGGUGAUCAAUCACCCGCAGUAGCAGCACUCUAACCACCACCAAAGACAUCACCCAGAAUAUAUAUGAGGUUCUCCAAAAGCAACGCCUCGA